UUUCGUCUAUAAAUGAAACCAUCAGCACAAGGCUAUGGAUCACAUACAUUACAGCAGCCUGAGCUAGAAAGAAAUUAAGCCUUUGUUUGGUUGAGUGUGAAAUCUCCACUACAUUUUCUUCUUGCAUUUCUAAAAGAGAGAAAGAAAAAUGUUCAUUGAGAGCUUUAAGGUUGAGAGUCCAAAUGUGGAGUACACAGCGAAUGAGAUUCAUUCUGUGUACAACUAUGAAACAACAGAACUUGUUCAUGAGCUUAAGAAUGGUAGCUAUCAAUGGACGGUGAAGCCCAAGACUGUCAAAUACGAAUUCAAAACUCAAACCCAUGUCCCAAAACUAGGGGUUAUGCUUGUUGGAUGGGGUGGAAACAAUGGUUGUACUCUUACAGGGGGAGUUAUUGCCAAUAGAGAAGGGAUCUCCUGGGCAACUAAGGAUAAAGUUCAACAAGCCAAUUAUUUUGGAUCAUUGACUCAGGCUUCGUCCAUCCGGGUGGGUUCUUACAAUGGAGAGGAGAUCUAUGCCCCAUUUAAAAGCCUGCUUCCUAUGGUUAAUCCAGAUGACAUUGUGUUUGGAGGUUGGGACAUUAGUGACAUGAACUUGGCAGAUGCCAUGGCAAGGGCCAAAGUGUUUGAUAUUGACCUACAAAAGCAGUUGAGGCCCUACAUGGAAUCCAUGGUCCCACUUCCUGGGAUCUACGAUCCUGAUUUCAUUGCUGCUAAUCAAGGUUCUCGAGCUAACAAUGUGAUUAGAGGAACCAAGAGAGAACAAGUCCAACAAAUCAUAAGUGAUAUCAAGGAGUUUAAGGAGAAGAGUAAAGUGGAUGAAGUUGUUGUGCUUUGGACUGCCAACACAGAGAGAUACAGCAAUGUAGUUGUGGGGCUGAAUGACACAAUGGAGAGCCUUUUAGCUUCUUUGGACAAGAAUGAGGCUGAAAUAUCUCCUUCUACCUUGUAUGCCAUAGCCUGUGUUCUUGAGAAUGUUCCUUUUAUCAAUGGAAGCCCACAAAACACCUUCGUCCCAGGGUUGAUUGAUUUGGCUAUUAGGAGAAACAGUUUGAUAGGAGGAGAUGACUUUAAGAGUGGUCAAACCAAGAUGAAAUCUGUCCUAGUAGAUUUUCUAGUUGGUGCUGGUAUUAAGCCAACUUCAAUUGUGAGCUACAACCAUCUUGGAAACAAUGAUGGAAUGAAUCUCUCUGCUCCACAAACCUUCCGCUCGAAAGAAAUAUCAAAGAGCAACGUGGUCGAUGACAUGGUCUCGAGCAAUGGCAUCUUGUAUGAACCAGGGGAGCAUCCAGACCAUGUUGUAGUGAUCAAGUAUGUGCCAUAUGUUGGAGAUAGCAAGAGAGCCAUGGAUGAGUACACAUCAGAGAUAUUCAUGGGUGGAAAGAGUACCAUUGUACUGCACAACACAUGCGAGGACUCCCUCUUGGCUGCUCCCAUUAUCCUUGAUUUGGUUCUACUUGCUGAGCUAAGCACUCGCAUCCAACUCAAGGCUGAAGGAGAGGGGAAGUUUCAUUCUUUCCAUCCAGUUGCUACAAUACUGAGCUACCUCACCAAGGCACCUCUUGUUCCCCCAGGCACACCAGUUGUGAAUGCACUAUCAAAGCAAAGGGCAAUGUUAGAGAACAUUCUGAGGGCCUGUGUUGGGCUUGCUCCUGAGAAUAAUAUGAUUUUGGAAUACAAGUGAUGGAAGGAGGAAGACUGAUCUUGAGAGAUUCUGCCUUUUUCUGCUUUACAAGUUUGAGUUUGAUGUAAUUUUCUCUGGAGAACCUCUCAGCUAUGUUCAUUUCAUUUUCUUUCUUUUGGGUGUUUUUAGAGAAAGAAGCUUUCGUGAAGGCUGUUGUGUUGAAUGAUUCAACAGCAUCCCUUAAUGGGAGUAGAUAAUUAGUGGGUUAAGGGUAAGCUACUGUUCAGUUUGCAAAUUAAUGGUAUAUAUUUUCAAUCUGAA